CGAGCGGACGGACGGACGAGCAGAGCAGGGCAGGGCAUGGAGCUGUGCGAACCGAGGGGCCCCUCAGCUGUUGUGCCGGCGACCAGAGCAGCGCCCCCACGAUCCUCCUCUGCAGUUUUAGGCUUGGAAUAUUAGAAGGCCAAAAGAAGUUUGAGGACUUCCUGAGGGACUACAGAAAUAUUCUUUGAUCUACCUGUAAUCCAAGUUCACGCAUCUCACAAAAAUGCCUAUAUUAAAGCAGCUGGUGACAAACUCUGCUAAUCCUAAACGCCGGUCUCGGGCUGAUCUGACCACUGAGAUGAUCAGCGCUCCUCUUGGCGAUUUCCGUCACACCAUGCAUGUGGGUCGGGCCGGGGACGCCUUUGGAGAUACCUCCUUCCUCACCAGCAAAGGUGGGGAGGGAGAACAGGAAGCUACGGAGGAGACCGGCUCUUUCUCAAAGCCUGGACUGCUCUCACGGAGAUUCCGCAGCAGCAAGCGGUCUCAUUCGGUGACACGUGGUGACCGGCGGGACAUGCUGGGCUCUCUGAGGGAUUCAGCGAUUUUUGUGAAGAAUGCAGUAUCGCUACCUCAACUCACAGAGAAGGAAGCAGACAAGAGUGGCAGGAAGCAGCUACCCAAGAGCCUCUCCUCCAGCCCUGUGAAGAAAGCCCCCGAGGAGAACAUCCUCGAAGAGAAACACACAAAUGGUGCUGCUGAAGUCCUCAACUCCAAGCCCCACAGUCCUGGCUUGGAAGAGCGUGCUUUUGGGGAUGUGACUGAUUUGCCUUUAGUGAUUCCCAAGGACAACUACGGCAUGAAGCAUGCCGAGUCCAUCCUUUCUUUCCAUAUUGAUCUGGGGCCUUCCAUGUUAGGGGACGUCUUGAGCAUUAUGGACAAGGACUUGUGGGAACAAGAGGACUCUGGUUAUCAUGGAGCGGAGGAUCCCCAAAAGAAAGUUGGCUCCACAGAGACAUCAGCAGCCAGGUGGAUUAGCCACGAAAGCAAAUUUGUCCUGGAUUCUGUGAUCCAAAACGAUGGCCACCGCGUAGUCACUUACAGUCCUGGAUCGGCUCGCAGCAUCACCAGUCGUACGACAAUAGACAGCAGUUCGGUCUCCAGCUGCAUGUCCAUGGGGGAGGAACAGCGAAACGUGGCCUCUAAAGGACCCAGCCACAGCCUUCUAGGUAAUGGGAGGCACAACCUUGUGAAACAGCCAGAGAAAGAGUUCUCUUUCAUGGAUGAGGAAGAUGAUGAGAUAAGAGUAUAAAAAAAAAGCCGUAUACUCACUUUGAGUUGAUGGAGAAAAUACAAUUGAAUCUGGAAUAACCAGCACUAUACGAAGAAGGGGGGGAAAGUGUUAAAUGCUUUCUCCAGCCUUCUUAGGCUGCAGAUUUCAUCAUGAUUAUUUUCUUUAACAAGCUGCUGGAAAGGUUCCCUCCCCCCCCAAUUUGGGGUUGUCGCAAGGGUCAAGCUGGAAAUCACAUUCAAAUGUUCUGUAUAUUUAAAAUAAUGGAUUCCUAUGUUCAUAGGGAUGCCUAAAGUAGGUUGCUUGAAGAUAUUUGGGGGGGGGGAGGAAUGUUUCCAGGCACAAAUCUGACAUAUUCAAACUUCUUUGGAAAAGGGUAGCUCUUGGUUAACUUAUCUACUUGCCUGUUUAAAGCAAUAGAGAGCUGAAUAUUAGGACAAAGCUCAAAAGCACUAGUUUCUCUAUUAAUGCGUAAAUAUAUAUUUGUUUUCCUUUACUUUUAUACUAGUGCUUGUAAGAUUUUCUUUUCUUUUGUAUUUCCAAGGAGAAUUCCUUUCUGGAUCUUGCAGUAGUCUGCAGGUUGUUAUAGGUUUGCAGAAAGGGGAAAAAUAUGAGUUUGAAAUAACCAGAUCUUUCAAAUCUACAUAUUUGGAUGCUAAACCAUUUUCUCCUUGUGGACAGACCUCUGGAAGUAUUUAUGACCUUUGAAAAUCUCAUUAUAUUUCUUUUUUUUAAAAAAAAUCAUAUGGCAGAACAUUUUGGAAAACAGAUUGAUAAGAACUACACCUCUUAUGUCUGCCAUCUACAGCAGGACCUUCUCUUAGUUCCUGAGGGAACCAGAGAUGGAAUUUAGGGUGACCAUGCGGCUCUUUCUAGGAAAGCAAUCUUGGGAGAUGCACAAAGCUGCUGAGAGAAGAAUAUCCAACAAGGUUGGUCGGCCUGGCUACCCCAUUACUUAUUAACUUAUUUUCCCCUUCAGGAUUCUCCUUUGGGUAAGCAGACGGGAUGUCCUAAGAACCGUGUAUUUCAUUAGGUUAACCCACAGGAUAUGGGUACAAGAGAGAGACAAUUGGGUGAAUGCUAUUGACUUGCAUGUCUUCAGAUGUAAAUGUAAGUCCCCCAAGUAACCUAACCAGAUAGGGCUUCGUUCUUUUUUAGUUUUUAUUUCUUUAGAAUGUAUCAGCAGAGCUGACCGAAGCACAAAAAAACUUAGCAUUUGUCAUUCCAGGAACAAUGGAGAAAGGGCAGUGCUGAGUUCCUUCCCUUUGAAACUGUUUUCAGUUAACUACCUUCCCGGCAUCUUUAGGAGGUGCUCCUAACAUUCCUGUCUCAAAGAUGGAUUUUAUUUAGGGCUGGUUGGGGGGGGGGGUAUUUUUCUUUGUGACUUUCUUGUGUAUGUACAUGGUAUUUGUUCCAUGCAUCUGAUGGAGGAUUUAAAAAAAAAAUGUUUGUUUUCAAAUG